CGGCUGCCCAAGCUUCUAAGCGCUGAGCUCCAGUACACAGGCGGGAUAGCUACGGGACGCCCGUAUACGCGCAUCGCCGCCCUGCAUUUUGAAUUCGCGGCAAUCGUCUUCGGAAUUCAAAAAAUGUAAUCGCGACCCCUCCACACACCAUAUCACAAUACAUUUGCUCUUUAAUUUCAAUGACUGACUUAAUGUCUACAUUAGGUUCGGCAAGUGCAUAACAACGCUGCAUUGAGCGGCGAAGAUGACGCGCAGUAUUACGACGGACCCUAUGGGACUGCUGGAAAGGUUGACGACGAGCAGCAGCACUGCGGCGCCUACCACCACCCCCUCUGGCGUUGCUAAUGUCGCCAAACCCGCUGCCAACGGGAGUAAGCGGCCCACGCCCAUCGUCAUAUACCCCACCGUAAGCCCCGAGUCAAUAGUAGUGCCGAUAGUGUCCUGCAUUUUCGGGUUCCCCCUACUGGCAUUAACGGUCAUCUGUUGCCUUAGGCGGAGAGCCAAAUUGGCCAGAGAACGCGACAGAAGGCGAAAUUGCGAGUUGGACCGUGGCGAGUUAUCAGUAGUUCGCCUGUCUCCAGUAAAAACGAAACAAAGAACUGUCAGCUUAGUGCGGUCCCCGAGACCUCUACCAUCUCUGGAACUGGAUACUGUACUGGAAGAACGAUCAGACCCUGAACAGACUACAGUUUCACAAGUGGAAGUAACUCCUGAUCGGGAAGUAGGUGCCAUAUUGCUCGGUGCUGCUGGAGUCAUGGGCACAGCAGCGGCUGCGACGGGGUGUAUUCGGGACAGCUAGCGGCGGGGCUCGGCGCAGCUUGGCUCGCGCUCGCCUCUUUUCGCUGUACUCACCAGCCAGCCGCUGGACGAAGACGACAUCGACGAGGAGGCGACCGAGACCGAUAGCUAACAUCAGCUUGACGAACGUUCGGUCAUCGACAUCGGCGAGCGCAUGAAACUAUUCUUGGACAUACCACUCAGAUUUUAAAACGUGAUUCGAGUGGAUAGUGCAAUGUAGUGCCGGCUUCGAAACAGUAGUUUUUAGUUUUUUUUUUUUUAAACAGUGCUAUGUCCUAUGUGCGUCCAUUAGGUGAAAUUUUGAAAUAACAUAGAAAACAUGGCAUAUAAGCCAGUACGUAGACGUGGCUAUCAUACAAGGGCCAACGUAAGUAACCUAGGGUGUACUUUGCAACAUUCAUAAUUUUAUCAAAAUAUUAGAAACUUCAAAAUUUUUGUUUUAUCGCAGUCAAAAAGCUUUAUAACUAAUAGUAUUUACAUUUAUUUGGCUACUUUUCUUAGAAAUGAAAUGUUAUCGAAUACAAAUUUAAGUGUGUAAGUUUGUAAUGAGGUAAUAAGCAAUUUGCACAGUGUUAAGAAUAUGCACAACUAGAUUAUAUAUACUUACAGGUAGAA